AAUAAGCAGUUCUUUUUCUACUACUAUUUUGAUUAAUUUAAAAAAUUAUAAUAAAAGAAACAAAAAAAAAAAUAAGAAAAAUUUUAUCAAAAUGUCAUCAUUUAUGUUUACGGUAUUUAGUAUAGCGUGCGCGGUACGACGUGAAAUUUCACCUUGUACUUGUGAACCAAUGCAACCACUUGAUCGUAAUUUACCACCACAUGGUAUUGAAUUGGCAUGUGAAAAAGUUGAUUCAUUUAAUCAAAUUGUUGAUUCAUUAUCAAAUAAAUUUGCUAAAAAUGAUUCAAUCAGUUUAUUAAUAUCACAUUCAAAUUUAGAGGAUCUUGAGAUGAGAGCAUUCACUGAAAUGAAUUUAAACUUAAAAAAAUUACGUUUGAUGUCAAAUAAUCUAAGGACUAUACCAGAAUUACCAUUUCGAGGUUUAUCAAGUGUGGAGUUUUUAAGUUUUGGUGAAAAUUAUUUGGAAGAGAUACCAAAACAUGUUCUCAAUCAUUUACCAAAAGUUUCAACACUUGAUUUAGGUAAAGGUCAAAUACGAUCUGUCAAUCGUGAUGAUUUAAAGGGUGUACCAUUGACAAAAUAUCUAUUUUUGGUUAGUAACAAUAUAACACGUAUUGAUAAAAAUUCUUUACCAAAAGGACUUGUUACUUUACAUUUGGGUAUAAAUAAUAUUUCAACAUUAAAUGGAUCACUACAGGGACUCUUAAAUUUAGAGCAUCUUUUUAUAAAUGAAAAUAAUUUAACAACACUGGAUGGAGAAUUACCACCAUCACCAAAUUUAAAAUUAUUAUUGGCAAAAAAUAAUAAAUUAAAAAGUUUACCAGAAGAAUUAAAAGAAUAUGUUAAUUUAGAUCGAGUUUAUUUGGACAAUAAUCAUUUGGAAUCAUUGAAUAGAAAUUUAAAAACUAAUAAAAAAUUAUCAACUGUUAAUGCUGUUAAUAAUCGUAUAAAAUAUUUAGCUGAAGAUGAAUUCUCAGAGGCUGAAAUAAUGAUUGAAGUUGAUUUUUCAAUAAAUAAUAUUAAAUCAUUAAAUCGAAGUUUAUUACCGAUGGUAAGAUUAAAAACAGCAAAUUUUUCAUUUAAUUUGAUUGAAGAAUUUUCAAUGGAAGAAAUUCGAGGAUUACAUGUUUUAAAAAUAUUUGAUAUUUCAUAUAAUCGUAUAAGAAAAUUAACUGGUUCACGAGAAAAUUUAAUUGAACCGAUUUCUUUUCUAAUGGAAUUUUAUUUAAAUAAUAAUUUAUUAAAAUCACUUGAUGGAGCAUUAAUUGGACUCAAUAAAAUGAAAAUUUUAAAUUUAGCAUAUAAUCAAAUUGAACGUAUUUCAUCUGAUGAUUUUAUUGGUUUGGAAAGUUUAGAAGUUUUGGAUCUAUCAAAUAAUCAAUUAUUAACUUUGGAAGAAACAUCAACGACAUCACUUCCAUCUCUUAAAUAUUUGAAGGUUCAAUUCAAUAAUAUAACAAGUUUAGAUAAAGAUUUUCAUGGUUUACCAACAUUAUGCCAAGCUAAUUUUACACACAAUCAAAUUAUUUCGGUAUCACCAGAUUUAGUGUCAAAAACAAGAUGUUCUAACCAUGGUGUUCUUGGUAAAUUAGAAAUAUGGUUAGAAGAUAAUCCUUUUAUGUGUGAUAUUGAAAAAGUUGCAGAACUGUGUCCUGUAAUGGAUAGUCAAGGUGCAAGAAUACGUGGUAAAUAUUGUUAUGAGCCGAAUGAAGAAAUUUGUACCGAUGAACCAUAUAUAUUGGUUGCACAUCCUGCUCCUAAAUUAACAGUUAUUAGAAGUGAAUUUUUACCAACAAUUGCUCCAGUUAUAAUUAAAUUACCAUUACCAAUUAAAGAACAAACAUUGAGAAUUUUACCGACGUCAACGAGCAGUACGACAACUACAACGACAACAACGAUAUUACCUACAACAUCUGUAAUGAAAACAAUUAAUAAUAACAGUGCCUCAAUUGGUUUAAUUAAUUCAUUAAAUUUAACGGAACAUGUUGUUGAAACUACUAUUGGUCCUGUAUUCAUCCAAAACGGAGAUUCUCAUAAUAAUAACAAUAUUACAAAAUUUUUGGAUAAUUCUUCUGAAAAUAUUUCUAUUGAAUCUGAACAACAAUCUGAACAUCAAUUAGAUAAUUCAAAUGAAUCUCCCGAAAUUAAAAUAGUUCCAAUUGAAAGAAAUGGUGAUUAUAGGUUACCAGAAGAACCAUCAGAAAUUGAUAUGACACAUGAUGAAGAAGAUGAAUUAAUACGUCAUUCUUCAGAGAACGAAGAUAAUUAUGUACAUGAGAAAUUUGUUCCAUUAGUUUUACAUCGACAGGAGAUAAUGAAUUUAGCACCAGAAAAACCGCCUGAAGCUGCUUAGAAUUUUAUAUAUACAUAUUUUUUUUUUAAUAUUAUAAUAUUUUACUUUAAUAAUUAUUAUUAUUAUUAUUAUAAUUUUGUUUUAUUUUUUGAAAGUAAUCGCUUUAAUUUAUUAUCAUUUAAAAAUUAAUGAAAACAAAUAAUUAUAUAAAUGUAAUGUAAUAAGUAUAUGUGUAUAUUUCUUUUUAGGUUUUCUAAAUUUAAGAAUUUUAUUUUAAAUUUAUUAAAAAUAAAAUUAAUAAUAAUACGAAUAGAAUUUAUUUUAUAAUAAUGUUUAAUAUUUUGUAAAUGUGUUACUCGUUUAAGAAUGAUUAAAAUUUAAAUUAUUUAGAAUUUAAAAGAAAAUUUUAUCUGUAAA